UUCCUGGCUCUUCUUGCUGCUGGUAUUUCAUAACCCAUCAUACAGCAGUUGUUUGGUUCUGGCUAAUGUCGUAACUAAAUUCCCCAUGGUUCUCGUUGCGCUGUGGGACCUAAAGUUAUUUGUAGUCAUCCUGGACAUCUAUAAUAUCACACUAUUGUGACCAGCAGUCACGAUACCAUUCCUCCGUAUCUGUCCUCCUACUUCUGUCCACCUAUCCUACCAAUUUUCUCUUUUCAGGAUAACGACGGUGAAGUGAAAAAAGUUACUCUCGCGAUAUUAUCUUGCCCAUACAGCCGCCAUAUUCUGACAGUAUUUUGAUUCGUAUCUGCUUAAAGUGUAGAAAAGUGAAAAGUGAAGUGCUUUCGGGGGAACGGGGCCUGAAGAAGAACUUUUAUAAAGCAGUCACCAAGGUUGUAUCAAACAGCACGGGCUCGAGGCUCACUACACGGCCAAACUAUUUCGAGGACAUGCGAGGCCCAAAGCCUUGGCACACUUAGUUUUUUUGCUUUCCUGCUCGUAUCCGGAGCCCACUUGGCUUUUCCUGUCCCAGCUCCACGGCCCUCUGGAGCACCGCCGACGGCGGUGUCGGGUGUCGAAAACGGGCCGAAAAGCGGCUACGAAAGUACUAUUUCAAGAUGAAGGCGACCUCCUGCCCCAACUGACGCCCACAGCGUUCAACGGAAGAAGUAGUCUCAACCUGGUAACAUACGAAUGGCCCAGGGGAGCCACCAGAUUGACAUUCAGGUUUUGCAUGACCUGUGCCAAAAGUUUCCUGAGGUCCCAGAGGGUGUUGUCUCUCAGUGUGUACUGCAGAACAAUAACAACUUAGACGCCUGCUGUGAAUAUUUGUCCCAGAUCAGUCCUGGUUACCUGUACAGCGAGGAAGAAAACUUGAGCUUUUCUGACGACCCCAGUUUCACCAGGCUUCGCAAUCACAUGACCCAGCUGAACUUGGGCCUGCAGUCUCAGAAUGUGCCUGUUGCCCCUGUUCGGGACAGCCUGAGAAUAAAUGGCAGCCGGACGUUGGCUCACAGCCAGAGUGAUGGGCCCCUCCAGAGAGGCCAGCGGGCAAAUAGCGGUGACUUUUUUUAGCAAGAGCCCCAAUCAGCCCCAGUUCAGGUGCCCUCGAGCCUUAAUGUAUUCGGUGUGAUCGAACCUACGCGCAAACCACACCCGUCGCAGCAUCUUGGACAUCCCGGCGUCAAAGGAGCUACUAUGAGUGCCAAUCAGACACCUCGCUACAACCCCUUUACAGUUACGCUUGCCCCAAAUAUACAAACAGUUCGAAACGCCCCCACCUCUUUGCACAUACAUGGUAGGCCCCAGUCGGGUCUCGGCAGUCCACAGGGUAACUCCAUCUAUAUCAAGCCCUACGUUAGCCAGCCUGGUGCCACUCGGCUAAACCAGCAGCAGGGAAGCAGAACUCAGUACAGCCCCACAUCCCAGCCCCAGCAGCAGACCUACCUGUUCUCCCACCCUUCCUCUCUAUCCAGUUCCUGGUCUGGCCCUCAGCAUGCCUAUCCUUUACAUACCUCACAGCACCAGACCCAGGGCCAUCAGACCUCCCAAGUCUACAUGCCCAUCAGCUCUCCUACAAAUCCCCAACCCCCCUCGGUUAUGCCUCCUGGGGGUCAGGCCUUGACGCCGGCUGCCGCUUCGUGCUCGUCCUCAUGUUCCACCUCUUCUCUCAUGCCCUCGUCUACCAUCAGUCAGUACAACAUCCAGAACAUUUCCACGGGCCCACGAAAGAAUCAGAUCGAGAUCAAACUUGAAUCUCCCCAGAGAAGUAAUUCCUCAACAACGGCUGUGCUGCGAACAAGCAGUGGGCCUCGUUCCUCCACAUCCUCUUCCUGUCCGUCCUCAGCUUCUUCCUCGGCCAGCGUGGCUACCGUCCCCACUACCCCACUGUCAAUUGGGUGCCCAGGCCAGCCAACUGUUUACAUCUCCGCUAGCCCGCCUAAUGCUGCUACUACACCUGCUGAAGAUGCCAUCGUGGCCUCGAGUGGCCCCCGCUCUCAACCCAAGUUUUACAUUUCUGCCAAUGCCUCUAGUGACUACAGUGGGGGCAGGAACCAUCCUACAGUCUACAUCUCAGCCAACCCUCCCUUGCAAGGGCCUUCUGGGUCCAGAAACAUUGGUGGCCAAGUGAGCAUGGGCCCUGCCUACAUCCAUCAUCAUCCACCAAAGUCUCGUGCGUCCGUAGGAGGGGGAAGCACGGCUUCGUCCCCUCGAGUGGUAGUGACUCAGCCCAAUACCAAAUACACUUUUAAAAUCACUGUGUCUCCAAAUAAGCCCCCGGCGGUCUCUCCUGGAGUAGUGUCUCCUACGUUUGAGCCCAACAACCUCCUCAGUCUGCCAGCGGAUCACCAUUUUGUGGAGCCAGAUCCACUCCAUUUCUCAGAUCCGCUCUCCCCGCACAGGGACAAGUCAAGUGAGCCACGCAGACUCAGCAUAAGCUCUGAGGAUGCGGCAUACACACAAGCAUUGUUGGUCCACCAAAAAGCACGCAUGGACAGGCUGUGGCACGAGCUGGAGCUGAAAAAGAAAAAGCUGGAGAAGUUAAAGGAGGAGGUGAACGAGAUGGAGAACGACCUGACCAGGAGACGACUGGAAAGAUCCAACUCGGCCUCUCAAAUUCCUUCUAUUGAGGAAAUGAAGCAGUUGCGAUGCAAAAACCGAUUACUGCAGAUCGACAUCGAUUGCCUGACUAAAGAAAUCGAUCUUUUUCAAACAAGAGGACCUCGCUUUAAUCCUAGUGCAAUUCAUAAUUUCUAUGACAACAUUGGAUUCCUUGGUCCUGUUCCCCCCAAACCCAAAGACUCGGGCGGAAAGCAGUUGAAGCCCGCUGUUGCAGACCAGGAGGAGGAGGACGGUACGCAAUGGAGCUGCACAGCCUGCACCUUCCUCAACCACCCAGCCCUCAACCGCUGUGAAGAGUGCGAGUUCCCGCGGCACUUCUGAGCCAAAAAAACAGGCCCUUUUCGUGCCCCGCUUGCCCCUCUUUAUCCUCUGUUCACCCCAACUCUCAAGGCCAUGCUUUGGUGCAGUCAUUGUGCGUUAAUUUUUUUUUUUUUUUUUUCCCCCCCGCCCCUUUUGUUUCCUCUUGAGUUUUCUCCUUAGUAUGCUGUCCACUGUAGGUUUUACUGGACAGUGUUUACAACUUGUGCCUCCUCCUGAAGGCUGCCAAAGUCAAAUAAUACCUCACCAGAAGGACUGAGAUUGCGUGGUGGGGGUCUGCCUUUUUUUUUUUUUUUUUUU